AUGUCGUCCGAUGUUGACGGGUCCGACCCUGGCGCUCCCCUUCUACCAGCUUCUACUUCCAAGCAGGAGGGACCGUUGUGGAAGCCCUCGCCCCCCGAGACCUCCGGCUUGCCAGUCGCGGAAUCGUCUGUGACAUGUAUCGCCGAAGACUCCAUUCCGUUCGCAGAGGGUGCACCCUGUCUACGCUGCGCCAAAUGGCCAAUUCCACUCCGACCCUGGUUCUGGACACUGCUGCUCCUCUGUACGCUCAUUAUUGGAGUGUCUCUUGAGGUUAUGUUGUCAUUGAACAAGGACCAAGGCUGGGCCGUAAGUGGCGCCGUGGGGGAGCUCUUGACGUGCGAUGUCACUCGAUAUGCCCUGAGCGCUGUGAUGGGCCCUAUGAUUACCACGCUCUAUAGUUCUCUAUGGAUAUGGACUUGCGCAAGCAUAUACGCCCUGCAGCCCUACUUGAACCUGCUAAACGCCUCACUCCACGGAGAGUCUGCCGAGAGCACUAUAUUCUUGGACUACUCUCAAAAAAGUCUCUAUUCCACUGUCUACGCCGCGCUCAAGCGCGGUGACUGGCUUGUCGUGUUGGCUGCAGUCCUUGUACUACUCACGUCUACGUUGCAUCAUCUUUCUGCUACGUUGUUCUUUUCUCAAGAUGUUCGGGUUAACGGCUGUGGUGCGUUCGCACGAGUGCGACCGGCUACAGCGAUCCCCUCAGCUGUUCCGAUUCGCCAAAUUAACAAAUCAAGCGAAUUUUUCUCGAUCCGUCUGCUUGCACUACUCUCAGCGUUACUCACCCUGGGUGGCCUCGUUCUGCAACUCGCUCACCGCCGCGCUCGCAAGGGCCUCGUCCUCCCGUCCAAGCUGAGCACAAUCGGGGCUGCGGGGUACGUUGCUGCCCCCUUAGGAGGAGCCACGUUCUCCGAUAGCCUCAGGAGCUUUCCCGAUGAAGUGGACCGCACGCUCUCAGAGCGUCGGCUGGCGUGGGAUCUGGACAAGGGACAUGUCGUCGUCGUCUAA